UCGCGCAUAUAAACAGCUCGGCUCUUCACGCUGGCGCGGGGAGUAGAGCCAGAAUAACGGGCGGGUCAGAGCAGCGAGCCUCGGAGUCUAACACAGUUCGGUGGUUCCGCUGGUCCAACGUUCCAAACUACAUCUAGCAGAUAACGGGGGUUAAAAACCGGCCCACUGACAGACAACCAGAACCUACACGCGUCUGUGGGGUUUAUGUGGAAUGUUGAUAAAUAUAAAAUAGUGGUAAACCUGGAAAAAUACGGAGCCCCGCUGGUGACAUCCUAUAUAAAUAAAAAAUAAUGCGUGGCCACGCCUUAUUAACGCGUGGGAACGACUUAGUAAGACGUGGAAAUUAGAUGAUUAAGUUAAGGCGCCGCUUACUAAGUCAUGGUCACGCAUUAGGAUCUCGUUCCUACGCCUUACUUAGUUGUGGCUACUUAUUUUUUUCAUUUAUACAGGAUGGCACCAGCGGGUCUCCGUAGAAAAACGUUUUCUUCAGAGACUGUUUGAAAUCACAACAUGUACCUCUCUGCCAUGAGUGGCUUUUUAAAAUAGUAAAACAAUCAAUCGAUCAAUCAAUGCAGCUGAGCAAUACAGAAAUCAGGGAUUGGGAAGUUGGGUGGUAAAAAUAAAUCAAAUGUUAUAAUAAAAUAAUAAGGUACCAAUAAACCGUUAAAUCAAUAAACCAUUAAAAUUACAAUAUAUUAACUGAACAGGUAGCAGAUCAGAUCCUGUUACCACCACUGCAAAAUAAUGACUAACAUCAAAUGACUCUGAAUGCCUUUGUUUACAUCUAAACUUUUUAAUGGCACAGUUUUGAAAAUUUGGUGGACUUCCCCUUUAACGAAGCAUUUGAAACAAAUUUGGUUGGUGAGGAAAAUCAUAAGGAAAAGGAAAAAAAGGAAUUUUGCCCUCCAGGCCCCGAGUUCCCCACUCCUGGUCUCAGCUGCCUUCUGUAAGUCUGCCUCUGGGUGAGAGGUCAGAUAUAUACAUAAUCGGAGGCCCAAAAUAAACCACACACCUCACAGUCCAGCACAAUGAGGACAGCAGGACACAGAGCUGGACUACAGCGGAUUCAUAACUAGAGAAGAAGCAGUUGUGUGGUAUCGUCUGGUAGCGGGACAUAUCUGUGAAUGAAAGGUCAGAAAAGGUCCGUGCCAUGUCCUUCCGGGUCAUUUGGGUCUUAGAACACAUGCUGGUCAGUCUGCGGUUUGUUAAAGAGGUGUUUGGGCUCCUGUUUGGGGCAGUGUUCUAUUUUCUUGAGGCCUUUGUGCGAUUCUUCGUUCUGCACCCCAGGAAAGAUGUGGAGGGAGAGGUCGUGCUUGUGACCGGGGCAGCGAACGGACUUGGGAAACACAUAGCGAAGGAACUGGGACUACUGGGGGCCACCUUAGUUCUGUGGGAUGUGAACUGGGAGGCGCUGGACAGGACAGCUAAAGAGCUGCGGCAAAGCCUGGACGUGCGUGUUUAUGCCUACGUUUGUGACUGCAGCCGCAGGAUGGAGGUCUACAGAGUCGCUGAAGUGGUGAAGAAAGAAGUGGGGGAUGUGUCCAUACUCGUGAACAACGCCGGUGUGGUGACUGGACAAUACACUUUCAUAGAUGCUCCUGACAACCUGGUGGACAGAACACUGAGAGUCAACACUGCCGCCCACUUUUGGACUUACAAGGCAUUUCUCCCCGCGAUGUUACAGCGGAACCAUGGACACUUGGUCUGUGUAUCUUCUCAUGGAGGACUGUUUGCCCUGAACGGCCUUGCAGACUAUUGUGCAAGUAAAUCCGCAGCCAUUGGAUUUGCUGAAUCCAUCGCUCUGGAGCUGCUUGUUCUUAAGAAGGAAGGAAUCAAAACAACCAUUGUGUGUCCCUAUCUUAUCAACACAGGAAUGUUCCAAGGAUGCCGAACAAAGUGGCCAUCCUUGCUUCCGAUAAUGGAUCAGAGAGAAGCUGCAGAGACGAUAGUGGAUGCAGUUUUGAGGGAGAAGAUGUACUUAGCGCUUCCUGGAAGUUUGUAUUUCUUGAUGGUGCUGAAGAGUUUCGUGCCAGCCAAACUGGGCAUUAUCUUCAUCAACUUCUUUGGAGGGCUGGAUCUGAUGGAUCACUUCCAUGGGGUUCCUGUACCCACAGUGACCUACAAAAAGCCUCUAUGCCAGAGAAGCGACAGCAGCAGUGAACCACAAAGCAUCAUAUAUUACGACUAAAUAUAUUAUGACUGGGAGUGAUCACAGUUAAAACUGUACACACCUUAACUUGUUGAUAAUGCCCAAAACAGAAGUUCUUCAAAGACCUUCUUUACUUUUAAUGGAAGUUAAAUGGAAUGGAAAAUAAAAAUUGUAUUG